AUGAAGGCUUCACCAAUAUCCAGACACUUUGACCGCAGUGGUGAGGCCAAUCAAGUUUCUUUGAAGCUUGGUUCCAAGUCUGGAAAGCAGCAACUCCCAGAGUCUAGUAGCACAAGCAAGUCAUGCAACCUUGUUUGUUUCGUUGACGAGACUAGUAACACCGUUUUUGCUCUUUUGACUUUGUUUGCAUCAUUGUCUUUUGAGCCAGUUGUGCAAAUCACCAGAAUGCUUCGCCUUCACUGUUGGAAUAUCCUUCUGGGUAUUUGUGUUGGGUUGACUGUCUUGACCAGUUGUUUUUGCGGAUUUGACUUGACUUGCUUUUUGCUGCUGCCUUUCCGUGAUGGUAGCCUUUGUUUGCUUGAGUCCUUGCUGAUUGUCCUUCUCAAUCUUGCGGCGCAGUGGGUUUGUCUACUGGCCCUGGUGUGCGUGGCAGUCAUGCAUGUGCCUUCUAAGCUGACAGUGUGUCGUCGCUCUCACGUUGUUGUUGUCCGGAAGUCUUUGUGGCCGGAUCUUCUUGGGGGCACUGGUUUGGAGGAAAUUGGUUCCAAGUCAUGGUUGGACAACAUCUUGCAGGGCUUGAAUGCCCGACAACUGAAGCCACCCAUGCAGCAAGUUCGGAUGCUCGCGCAAGAUGAAGCCACUUUGCGGCGACUACAAAAAAGUGAAUCGCUGAAACAUCAGCUUGACAUUAUUUGUGGCGCUGCUUAUAAGGCCAAGUUGUCGUGGAAGAAAAUUGAUCAAAUUGACCCUGUUUCUUCUUCUCUCUCAACUGCUGCCCCGGCGGCUCCUCCUCCUUUGCCUGAAGUGCAAACAUGGAGGUUGCGUGCUCGUGACUGGAAAGUUGUGAAACCAGCAGCUACCGAUGGUGACGCUGUGAGUGGAGAAAGGCAUGAUGCAUUUCGCGAUGUGGCUGAUGGGGACCCUUUGUCGCACUUGUGGUCUCGCAAGUUAGGUGCCUAUUUUGUGUCUGCGGUUGAGGCUACUCGCAUUGUUCGGUCCGUUCCUGCCCAUGCCCCUCCAGUUGGUGUUUUCACUCUUGUCACUCUUGAAGCAACUGCGCGUUCUGAGGUGCAACCGGUCGAGACUAUUGUUGUCUUUCCUGACAAUAGUCAUCACAUUUACAAGGUUUUUCUCACGCACCUCGGCACUGACAAGUUGAGAACUACUGCUUGGACUACGGUAUCGCUUGCUUCGGUUGAUUCUGUUGAAGUGUUGCUUGAAUGGUGGAAAGAUUUGUCUGAUGGAGCUGUUUUGGCUGCCUUUGAUAAAUUUGUGAAACUUGCUUCUUCGCCUCUGGCUGGCGCAUGGACCGCCUCCGGCCACAAUGUCAGGGCUGAUAUCAUUCGCGUUUCUGUUCGCCUCCCAAAAGCGGAUGCCCUUACCUGUUUGAAAUCGAGAACGCAGCACAGUGCCGUUUUGGUUCGGGAUAUUCACACCAUUCCUGAGGCGAAAGACCUGUGUUGCGUCUGGAUUUCUCCUGGCUGUCCUGUCCUUGAAGGUUCUGCGGCCCACACUCGCCAAAGUUUGCAGUUGUAUUUGGCUAGCUUUGCUCACCCUUGGUCUGUUGUGCGUACUCCUUUUCGUUGGGGGAUCAGGAUCCACAAAGAUCAUGAGAGAGAAGUUAAAGCCAUUGUGCAGCCGCAUGCUGUGUUUGUGCCUGCUGAUCACUUCAAGUAUCGUAUUGCGCAUGUUCCCCGAUCCCUUGAUCCUGCUGUUCUGGUUGCCACUCUGACCUCUGACUCGUUCAAGCCCUACUUGGUUUCGUCUUUCAAGGGAGUUGUGACCAUAGCUGCGCCCUGUCCACCUGCGGACAUUGUGUUUACAAUUGCUGAGCUUGGUUGUACUCUGUUACUUCAGCAUCUUCCUGGUCCUGCCAGUGGUGGUCCUCCUCUUGUCCCGUCCCGCCAUGUUGAAGAUGCGAGCCCAAAGCGAAAGAGUCGGCGAGCUGACUCUGAAAAUGCUUCUGUUGGUCCUGACAAUGGCCAUGGUGCUGACACUCGGGGUGGAGCUAAGGGAGGGGUUCUUUCUACUAAUCCGUUUGGUCCUUUGGAUGAUGCCUAUCAAGUUGCUUUUCCGCCUUUGCCCAACGCUGGUGUUGCUCGGGAGCUCGCUUCGACCGAACCUGAGUUUGAGCUUGGAACCCUGCCUAAUCUCGGGAACACAUGUUUUGCGGCUGUGGCUGUCCGUUGUUUGGCUCACAUUGUCAAAAAGUCGGAUUUGCGCUCGUCUGUCCUUCAAGAUGUUUCCUUGAGGCGUUUGUUGGAUGACUUGUCGCCGGCCCAGUGGACGCGCUUCAUCAAACAUCAUCACCUCGAGCAUGGUCAGCAGCAAGAUGCUGCUUUGUGGUUGCAGAAGUGGUUGGACUCUGAGUCGGUUUUGUGUUCGCAUCUUUCUGUCACUGAACAUGUUGCUCUUGAAUGUGUUGGGUGCAGUGAGCCCAAGACAGCUGAAUCAAGUUUUUCUCUUUGGCGCGUUCCCGCUCCCAGUGGCGGCUCUACUUCGUUGCAGAAGCUGCUUGAUGAUGAUCAAUGCUGUUCGGCCAACCCUGAGGUUGAAGUCUCGUGCUCAUGUUGUUUUGCUGAACACGCGGAAGCUGUGUCUAAGCGUCUUUCUUUGAAUGACUGGCUUCUCAUUCAGACUCUGAGGGCUGAUGUCAAUGAUAAGAAAAAACACACGGCUAUUUCACUCCCCGACACGGUUGUUGUUGCUGAUGCGUCUUGGGAUAUGCACCUUGCCGUGUGUCACUUGGGUGAGUCUGCGUCUUCCGGGCAUUAUGUUUUGCUUGUUCGUUCAGGUCACGAUUGGCUGUUGUAUGACGAUGGAACUUGUCGUGUUGCCUCUGCUCAAGACAUCUUGGAUAUGCCUUCUUCCUGGUCGUUUGUGUUGUAUCGUCGGCGUUGUGAAGGAUCGUCGCCGCAGGAUGACCGCCCUGACAUGCCGUCUGCUGACAAGCGUGCUGACAGUGUCAAUGAUUCCAGCGGCCCUCUCCAUGCUGAUUUGCGCAGCUUGCUUGCGGUUUUGUCUCAGCGGGUUGAUGCGCUUGAGGUUGAAGUGCAAUGUCUUCGGGGAGCUGGUUCCCUUCAUGAGAAGCUUGUGUCCUUGGCUUGUCCGGGUUCUGGUCUGUCCGUGCCUGUGCGUUCAACUCUUGGCGAUGCUUGUUCUCCCGGUGGUGACCGUCUAGGAGACACGGUUGCGAGCAACCCUGGCUGUGAUGCGGAUAAGCUUGUUGUUGCCUCUUGUCAGGGUCAGACCGGGAUGCAGGCCCAAUCCUUCCCUUGUGGCCCUCCUCCCCCGGUCGUUAUCGAACCUGUUCCUUCGGACGCUUUACCAAAACGGAAAAAGCCAGUCGAAAAACAAAGCAGCAAUCUGUCAUCAAUUCCUGUGGGCUCUUUCCCCCGUUCCACCAAUCCGGCAAUUGUGGCUGAAAUCCUUCGCUUGCAAACUGCUGGCUUUGCUGAAGUUGCUUGGAUUUUUGAGCGCUUGCACGCUGACUCCAUUUUGCUCCCUUUGGCCCAACAGGCGCAAGACGUUGGUGGUUGGAAAAAUCUGGGUGAAGCUUUGACUUAUAACAGUCGUGAAGCUCAAACUCAACUCCAGAAUGAUGGCAUCCAUAGCCCAAGCGUCCGCUGGCUUGUGUUUCGCAUGCUCCAGCGUGGGAGGUAUAAUCGGUUUGCUUCUGUCCUGGCGGCUGGUCAUUGGGACCUCUUGCGUCAGAGUUUGGCUGUGUGCGACGUUCCUGACUGGUGGUCGCCUCCUUGGUGUCGUCCUGUCCAUCGUCCGCAUGCUGCGCAAGCUCGUGGUCGUCGCCCGUUGCUUCCUCAUGAAUGGCAUCGCGCCCAAAGUUCCAAACGCAGUCGCCCCCCUGUUCCUGUUGCUCCUUGUGUUGGUGGCCCUGUCCGUUCGCGCAGUCGUUCCCGUUUUCGCGAUCAAACCUUGCCUGUGCCGGUUGCUCAACCUGCUGUAGUUGGAGCUCGUAAGGUCUCUGUGGCUGUUCCCACCUCUUCUGUGAAGAACAAGAAGAAGCGCAAGGCGAAAGGCCAAGCUGAUGUCAAAGGGGGUGAAACUGAAUCUGGUUCAACUCCUUCCUUGUUUCGGGUUGCUGCUAUGAAUGUGACUUCCCUUUUUCCCGUGUUGCUGCGGUCUGUGCUCUUACGUUUGGUCUGGCGUGUGUCUCGGAGACUGCUCUCACCGGUACCGGGCAAGCCAGUGUUACUAUGUGUUGCCUUGAUUGGUGGUCCUGGCGUUCGUCUUUCGCCGCUUGAUCUCCCGGAUUGUCUGUUGGAUUAUUGGGCCGAUGGUCGUAUUGUUGCUGGCAAAGUGUCUCAGCAGUUUGGCAAAGCGGAUAUUACUUGUGUUGCGUGCUACGGUCACACACAUGAUGUUCAACGCCGAGAAGACAUGCUGAGCCAGAUUGUUGGUUGGGUGCUGUCGAUUGGUCUGCUGACUUUAUUCAUGUCUCUAAUCUCCUUGAAGAUGAACGCCCUGAUGAUGCGUAUGCUCUAUGGACCCAACUCGCUGAAUGUGAACUUGCGCGGCAGUGCCGACUUGGUGGAAAAACUGUGUGCUCCUCCCAUUUCGGUCGCGCUGUUGUUCCUGCUCUUAGGGUUUGUGAUCCGCAGUCUCUUCGGCUCCAAGGUGAUGUUGACUUUCGUCGACUUGAACGCGCUCGUGCUGGCUUAG